AUGACUUCACUGAAGCUAUAUACAUCACUGCUAGUGCUGAUAUCAGUCCCCUCCGUUUUUGGAUCUACUGCUGGCGAAUCCGUUCCUCCGAAUCCCAACCCAUCGUUCCAUCAUCAACAUAAUUCCGCCUAUGAACCGCACCAGCUGUCAGAUUCCGUUCCAAAAUUCUUAAACGAUCUGUCGCAACUUGCCCUGCUAGAAAAGGAUCAAGCAAUUUUACAAUACACAGAGAGCAAUCGAGAUAACUCGUUCACCAAGAAUUGGAAGGCUCCUGAUUGGGAAAGACAUCAAGUACGAUCUUUCUUUCGCUACAAACGACACCUGUAUACCUGGUUCAAUUCGACGACUGCCAAGGCAGUAUGGCCCACCGUCAUCUCAUUGACUUGUUGGUCUCUACUCAUUCAACUAUUGGCAUAUAAAUUCGAGUCUUUGAAUAAUUUUUUGAGCGAACCGGCAAUUGCCAAGGGUGCGGCUUCCUUUGGAGGACCCAUUUCACUCUUGCUCGCAUUGCGCACGAAUCGGUCGUUGAAUCGUCUCAUGGAGGCUAGAAGUAUGUUUGGAAAGUACAUUAGAGCUAGUACUUCGCUAAUGAAUUUGAUUGCAACCUAUGUCAGUCCCAUCGAUAAGGAACGGGCGAUUCUGCUUGGAAGAUACCUGUCGAUUUAUGGAUGGUGCACAAAGGGUUUCUUCCGAAAUGAGCCUGAUGGAGCACUGAUCCAAACCAUGUUGCCUCCCAAAGAAGCGGAAUGGCUGCGGAGACAGACGACAAGUCACAAUCUGGAUGCUCCCACUUGCAUUCACGUACGAAUCCGAUCUUUGCUAGCUCCCAUAGUGUCGGAGAUUCCGCUGUCAGCCGGAAAUGCCAUGGAAGAUCGUCUCAGCACGCUGGAAAGUUCCUUGGGAGUCAACAAACGGCUGCUGGGGUCACCCAUCCCUCCCACCUACACUCGGCAUACCUCUCGUGUACUUUGUCUCUACUUGGGAUUGAUCCCUUUUUCACUUGUCGGGUCCAACACUGGACCAGUGAGUGUUACCUUUAUUCUUUCCAUUCUGCUCGUCAUUGGUGCUACAGCAUACGUGCUGGUUGGAAUUGAUGAGAUUGGAGUCGAAAUUGAAAAUCCAUUCCCGCUGAUCCCCAUGCAGGCCUUGUCGAAGGUUAUACAAAACAACAUUGCCAGCCAAGUUCGGUUGAUCGAUGACAUGCCUGCACCUUGA